GCUCCAAUCUUUACAUGAGUGAUAAUACAGUACAACCCAUGCCCUUUUCAAGACUAGUCCCAAACCAAACCUUGCACCAUCCUCAUGCUCUAAACCAAUCCACUAAUCGUCACAAGGACAAUUACAAUAGCUACAAUGAACAGCAUUCCCAGAAUGACGAAGGCAGUUCUUGCACUGCCAAAGCAGCCGUGGAGUCAAAAAACAACCGAAAGUCCUUGCACAGAAGAACAGGCAGAACAAAAAAGCUAACUACUUCUAAGGCAAGUGAUAGCAAAACAAAAGAUAGCUUCUUCUUCCCAAACAGCUACUUUUAUAAAACUUCUCCAUUUCUCUACAAUUCAUAUAU